AUGUCCUUCUUGAAGUUGAAAAACUACUUUGGUACCUCCGCCUUUGCGGCGAAGGACGAGAAGAAGCCUAUCCGUGCUCUGCCUGCUUCCUGGUAUACAUCCCAGGCCAUGUAUGAGCUUGAACGGCGGUCUAUAUUCUGUCGUAAAUGGCUUCUCACUACCCAUAAACAACGAGUCCAUAACGCUGGCGACUGGGCUCGAUAUGACGCCGCUGGCUACGAAUUUGUCGUCACCAAAGACAACCAUGGAAACAUCAAUGCAUUCUACAACAAUGAUCCAUUUCCUAUUCAUAUGCACAUUGACCGAAAUGGUUUCAUCUGGGUCAAUUUGGACGCUGGCGAAACCCCCGAGGUAGCUUGGAAGGACGACUUUGAAGGUGUCGAUGAACAGCCCCGAUUCAACUACUACGACUUUGAGAAUUACGUGUUUGACCACACUUGGGAUAUGGAGGGGGAGUUUAACUGGAAGAUUCUAGCCGACAACUAUAAUGAGUGCUACCACUGCCAAGUCGCCCAUCCCGAUAUUCCCACAAUUGCCGACCUCAACUCUUACUAUGUCGAGACAAAGGACGGCCACAUUCAACAUUACGGCGCCCAGCGACCCGACCAGAUCGAGAAGGGCUUCCGGAUAGCCACUACAUACUUCUGGCCUAAUGCCUCUUUCAACAUCUCCCCUAAUUUCUUCUUCAUGCAACGGUUUACUCCGGUCAGCCCCACCAAAUCAGUAAUGCGAUAUGAAGUCUACCGCCACAGGAAUGCUACCGAAGAGGACUUUAACCUCAUCAGCGACAUGUAUAAACGAAUCAUGUCCGAGGAUAAGUACCUCUGCAUUCAGUCCCAAAAGAACCUCAACGUUGGUGUCUUUGUCAACGGCCAGCUUCACCCCGAGAUGGAGAAGGGCCCUAUCCACUUUCAGAAGACUGUGCGCGAGGUGGUCACAGACCACCGCAAGAAAGAGGCGGCCGCUGGCCACGAAAUCUUUCCCGCUCAACAACGCACUCGGAACAACACUGGCGUCAGUCAAGACAGCUUCGUUUUCCGCACAGGUAUGGACAGCAGCGAAAAGGCGGGUUUAAAGGAAUCGAUGAAUAGCGGUCUUGUGUCGGCAAUUACUGUCUAG